GAGCAAAGCGAGGAGGAAAAGAAGUUUGGUUUCGUACGCAAUCUCAUUCGUUGCGCGAGACAGGUACUACUUCUCUUUCUAUCCAGUACGUACAUAUGAAGGGACCUCUGUCCGGGCGAGAGACCCCAUCAGGCAUCUAGUACAAAGUUUCCAAGCAUCCAAACAACCCAAACGUGCAUGCUAACUUACUCGAGUGAGGUUCCCUUAUGCUUUAUGUGUGUUGACACUUGAAUGGUGGGCGGAAGCUGCUUCAUCAAAGUCUGAAAUUGUUCCUCGACAGCCACUCAGGAAUGGACCAUGGAGCUGUUCACUACUGGUCUCAUUCUGCUUGCUCUUAUUUCUGAUGCUUGGGCCAUCUUCUGCUACAAAUGUGAAAGCUAUCGGGAUUUCCGAUGCCUGGAUCCCUUCGACUACCAACCUCACAUUCAGAUCAACUGUGAUUUUGAGCACUUUGUACGGGACAGAAAGCCAGUGUUUUGUGAAAAGACCACGGAAUUAAUCGAUGGCGUUUACGUGACCACCCGAGGCUGUUCCACGAGACAGUGGGAGGAUGUGGAUCUAUACGUGGAUCAUCGCAACCAAGACCUCCGUUGCUUUCGACGAGGAAGUGUGGAGCAUUGUCUUUGUUCCACGGACAGUUGUAAUGGGGCAAAUCACUCGGUGGUUUGCACCCAUUUGACGAUCCUCGUCUUGAGUGUCUUGGUCCCACUUCUAGUCGCUUGGAAACAUUAACAUCAUGGCAUCAUCUGCCUCGUCCCAAGUCCACACCCGAGGACAAUGGACCACAAAUCAAUUCCUUGGGAUGUGCUUACAUACGAAAACGAACGAACAUAUACAACUACUCCAUAACAAAAGGACUGAGCCCUAUCCAUUAUCUUGCCUUGGUUAGUUGUAGGAAGACUAAACCGCAUAGGGAAAUUAUAGGGAUCCGCUUGGUUUUCUCCAUGUAAAGUGAAGGCAAUAAAACUCUAAUAUUGACGCA